UCCUUCUGUAUGCUAGUGCACUGAUUUGCUGCUGCGCGCACAUUUUGUAACCACCCUUCUGUAUGUUUUACUUGAUGCAGGAACAACAUAGGUACGAUGAAUGAAAACCAAAUUGUUGUUAGGCAUGAAUCAGAAGGUGGCAAGACUCCCACAACGGGUGACGAAUCACAAGAUGUUAGUACGAUUACAAAGACCAUUAAAGGCCGUGGUCCGUCAAAAGGUGUUAAAGUCGCUAAGCCUAUGUUCCUUGAGUAUAAUGUAUAUAAUGUCCCCGAUGGACAAUGGUCUCAUGAAUACGGGAAGCAAGUUGGGAGUUGUGCUACUAGAAUUAAUAUUAACGUCCCAUUAUAUCCAAAGGUAGAUGAGCAAACCAAGAAGGGGUUUUGGGAGGAGACUAAGCUUAUGUUCCACAUUACUGAUGAUUCUAAUCAUUCGAGGGAGAAAUAUUUUCAUUCUUGUGUGGCGAAACGAUUUAGUUGUUUCAAGAGCAAGUUGGUGCGCCGAUGGAUAACUAUGAAGGAAAAGAAGCCAAAAAAUCAAACAAACAAGAUGCCUUGGGAUGUCUACAACCAUAUCACAGAGGAUGAUUGGAAGACUUUUGUUAAACAUUAUUUCCUGCCAGAGUCAUUGCUUCGUAGUGAAAAGGCGAGGAAAAGUGCAUCAUGCAACAAGAACCCACAUCGCACCGGCCAAAAGGGUUAUAAUAGAAAGCGACUAGAUUGGAUAAAGGAUGGACGACUUCCACCAGAUGCAGCUUUACCUAUCUCGAGUACCUCCUCGGUGAACUCAUCAGUGACCUCAAAUGUUAAUAGAGUUAGAAAAUACAGAUCAAAGGAGUGGAUUUUGGCCCAUCAAGUACAAAAUAAAGAGGGAAAGUGGGAAAUUGACCCGAACGAUACAGAAGUUGUUGAAAUCGCAACAAAAGCUUUAGAGUACAUCGCAGAAGAGGAAAAAGGAAAUCUUUCUUUCGAACAGGGUGAGGAUGCCCUCACUAAAGCUAUAGGGAAAAAAGAUCAUCGUGGGCGUGUCUAGGGAACAGGUGGCAUGGUUGG